ACUGACAAACAGAGCGGAAUAAAGGGUAGCAUCAACCGUUACAUUUGUCUUGUUGAGGUAGCCCAGACAAAUCUAUAAUCAUCAGACAAUAUACGGUGUUUAAGCUAAACCGUGUCGUCGAGUUUAGUUCGGGAUAUAUUUGACGAUUUAAACUCGGUGAGAUUUGUCGGCACAAGUCAACGACAGACGAAGAAAGUGCGUACUAAUCUGAAACCCCAGAAUCGCUCCUGCUACGCCAACCAAGCUAAGGUUAGUUAGCAAUAGCAGCUCGGACCGUGGCCCAAGUCAGUUGAAUUAACCAGACAACGGGGGAAAUAGUUGUGGUUGUCUGCUGUUGAGGUCGUGUGUGUACACAUUUCAUCGUAAAAUGGCUUGCGGGGCAACUCUGAAGAGGUCUCUGGACUUUGAUCCGCUCAUGAGCCCGGCUUCGCCCAAAAGGAGGAGAUGCGCCGGGAUCAUGUCUCCGGUCUCGUCACCGCAGAAGUAUCUCCGCAUGGAGCCCUCUCCCUUCGGGGAGGUGUCGUCCAGACUCACCACAGAGCAAAUUCUGCACAACAUCAAACAGGAAUACAAGCGGCUGCACAAACGACGACACCUGGACAAUGCGUUCCAGCAGGUUGACGGCUGCUGUCCUCUGGACCUGCAGAACAUUCAUAGUGGAUCUGCUGUACCAGGUACGUCCUUGGGUGCUUCGUCUCCCACCAAGAAGGAGCAGCCUUUGUUUUCCCUCAGGCAGGUUGGAAUGAUCUGUGAAAGACUACUGAAAGAGCGUGAGGACAAAGUCCGUGAGGAGUAUGACGAGAUACUGACGACAAAGCUUGCGGAGCAAUAUGAUGCGUUUGUCAAAUUCACACACGAUCAACUGAUGCGAAGGUUUGGAGAACAGCCUGCGAGCUAUGUUUCCUGAGUUUCUGCACUGGAUAUCAGGGAAUAUUAUUUGCUGCAAGCUGCUCCAGGAACUGAAUGGGUCUGGUUGGACUUUUUUUCCCCCAGCUGUGCCAUAUCGCCUCUGUGGACUUGACUGCCUCAGGCAUCAGCUAGUGGCAUCCUAUGUUUGCUGUGUCUACCCGAGUUAUAGGAGGAGGCCUUCCUGCUGCCAACAUGUCCACAGACUUUUCUGUCACUCAACCAGUGGCAUCUGAACUGCCAUGUUGAUAUUUAUUUGGAUUUAUUUUGACGCCUUCAUAAAAGGCCGACUGCCAUCACACACUUGGCCUUUUGAUUUGAUUUUGUUUUGCUGUCAGAUUUAGUUAUUUUACAAAGAAGGUAGUUGUGCAGCAGCUUUAUGUAUAUUAAAAAAAAAAAGGGAUUGGACCUUGAGGAGAGUGGGUAAACUGACACCACCGUCGGACUGGACUCCAUAAACUGCAGGUCUUUUUUUUUCCUCAUGUUUUAAAACUGUAUUGGUGAUUACUGCUAUUACAUUUGUAUACACUGUACUUUUAUUUUUUAUUUCUUUUGCUUGAGUUUUUUUCAUUGUACCAUAAUUUCAUUUUAUUUGCUGUAGGUAUAAAAUGCUUUGAUUCGAGAAUAACAUAUGAAUAAAGUGUUUACAUAAAUGUUUGUUAUGGGGUUUUUUUUGUAAGCUGGAGACUUUUUUUGAGUCACUACCAUUGACUGUUGGAGGGUUCACUCCACUCAUUUUGUCAUCACUCAAACAGUGUUCAUUUUAAUACCCGUUACAAUUUCUGUUUUAUCUGUUUUCCAUAAUAAUUAAUACUGGGAGGCUUAUGGUUUUAGUUAUUAAAAGUGAAUCCAAAAAAUUA